CUCGUUUGAAACUGCCUAGGCGAGUUUUAUGACACUACUUGUUGCACUAUAAUGCCAUUGCCAGCCAAAGUUUUCAGAAACAAGUUUCAUGUGAUACAACAACGGUUAUCCCCUCUGUUUCAUGUAAUUAUGACAUUUCUUGGUCUUCUCCUUUUACCGUUGCUUCUUAGCUUCUUAUCAUCUCAAGCAUUAGCAAGGAAAUUUGAUGUUGGUGGCAGAGAUGGUUGGGUUGUGAAACCUUAUGAAAACUACAAUCAUUGGGCACAGAGGAAUAGAUUUCAAGUAAAUGACACUCUUCAUUUCAAAUAUAUAGAAGGGUCUGAUUCAGUGUUGGCAGUGAAAGAGGAGGACUACAAUUCUUGCAACACCAAUAGUCCCAUGGAAAAGAUGGAUGAUGGGGACUCCAUUUUUCAUUUGAACAAUUCAGGUCCAUUUUUCUUUAUUAGUGGCAACACUCAAAACUGUCAGAAUGGCCAAAAGCUUUUCAUUAUCGUUAUGGCUGUUAGACACCAUAAUCCUCCUCCACCCACUCCGGUUGCGCCGUCAUCCGAGGCACCGAGCUUGCCACCUCAGCAAAUUGACCCAUUCAGCUUCAGUUCCCCUGUUCCUUCUCCAUCUAAUGAACCAUCAAGCUCUACAAGAUUUGGUGGUUUAAGUACAAGUGUGGAAGUGGGAGUUUGGGUGAUUUUGAUAUUCACUAGCUUUAUAGAGCUAGUUUAGUUUUUAAUAUGCUGUUAUGUGACUUAUGAUUCCAUAUUAA